AUGGAUUCUCAACCCAUAGUCUUUAUUGUCAGACAUGGCGCACGUCUCGAUGCGGCUGACAAAGACUGGCACUUAACCUCUCCCACCCCCUACGAUCCUCCUCUUUGUUACAGUGGAUGGCUUCAGUGCCGCUCCCUGGGAAUGCGCAUAGCAAGUCUCUUGCAGGCACCAGAUUUUAUAGGGAAGAGCCAGGGAGAACAGACCGAGCCUGUCACCUCGGAAGACAAGACGAGUCCAACCCCCGCAAGCUCGGAUCUACAUAACCGGUACAACGUCAUCAUUCACACGUCCCCAUUCUUGCGAUGUCUUCAGACCUCGAUUGCCAUUAGUGCAGGUCUCAGCCAGUCUGGUGAAACCACAAAAUCCUCCGAUACAGGAGAUAAAAAUCAAGCUUUCCAUAGAGAUGCUGCGGAUAUCGACCCGCGCCCUCUGGUGCGCGUCGACGCGUUUCUAGGGGAGUGGCUGUCUCCAGACUAUUUUGAUCAAAUCACCCCUCCGCCUAGCUCGGACCGGAUGGUUGCUUUGGCCAAAGCAGAACUGCUUCGCCGAGGGGAAAUAAUCCCUCAGGCGUGGGAAGGGACUAAAGGGGCUAGAACUACGUCAGGUCAUUUCCCAGGUGGCUGGAGCAGUCAUUCUAGUCCCACGACCCCCGGUGAAGAUGACGGCCACUCCUCUCCGCAACACGGUCUAUCUUCGACCCCACGACAAACUGUCCAACGCCAGCGUGCUAGUACUGUUGAUAUACCGCAAACCCCGAUUUUACUCGGUGGAGCUCCAACAGCCUUGGCUCGUCUGGACACCAAUUUGGAGGCUGUGAGAAAUCGCUCCUAUGUGCCUCCGAUCCCUAAUUAUGCUGUCUCUGGUUCAGAUCCCAUUCCAUCAGGAUAUGUCACCCAUGCGCGAGAUGCCUGUACCAGAAUCGACUACCAAUGGGAUAGCAUGCGGACCCCCAUGUGGGGCACGGGCGGCGACUACGGUGAGGAAUGGAGUUUUAUGCAAGAUCGGGUUGCCGAGGGAUUUAAGCGAAUGAUGAACUGGUAUCGGUCAAAUCCAAGUGACCCUAGCCUUAGCCCAGUCGCAAUGGGUGCGCUACCCAGCGAGGACCGCCCAAAGCAGACCGUUCUCAUUCUCGUGACCCAUGGUGCAGAUUGCAAUGCAUUAAUCAACUCUGUGGCCGGUCACUCUAUCCUGUUGGAUAUUGGCACGUCGUCUCUGACAUUGGCCGUGCCACGUAAACGGCUACCAAGCACAGAUUCAAAGUCUGAUCAGACAUCAAAAGCUUCCUCACAAAACACCGGACAAAUCUCGCAAGAAUAUGCCCUUCACCUUGUGGCAUCUACAGAUCACUUACGAUCGGGUUCAGCAUCAAAACCCUCUACGCCCACUUACCGCAAUCGCGUCAGUUCCCGGCCCCAGCCUCUCCAGGGUACUUUUUCGAUGGAACCCGUCUCUGUAAAUGGGAUGGGCCCUCGUGGAUGGACCCUUGCACGCAGACCGUCCACAUCGGAUAUGCCUCGAGCGCCUUCCGGUCUUUGGGGCUCCCUUGCUUCCCCCAUCGAGAAGGACGAAGAGACGGAAGAAGAUUUGGUUCCCAACUUUGGAGAUCAACGCCCUACUAGUCAAGACUCAAAGCUUCCUGAAGGUCCAGUGGAUCGAACUGAAUGGGCGACAAAGCUGCCUCAUCGAACUCGUUCUCAGAGAGGCUUAUGGGGUAGCGCAGUCUCUUUGGAUGAUCGCGACUCGCCAUCGAGACGACGAUGGACAGUAACGGAACAGAAGCUAUGA